AUGGCUUCCUACUCCUCCUUGCUUCCUCUUCUGGUUCUAGCUUUAUGCCACAGCUCAGCUCAUGGUUCAGAUCCUGCAUCAAGCCAUAACCCAACCCAAGUCGCAACAACUCCAAUACCACUACCAAAUGUGGCUAGAGAGUUCCUAGAAUCUCACAACCAAGCAAGAGCAGCAGUUGGCGUUGGUCCUCUCAAGUGGAGCGAAAUGCUAGCCAAUGCCACAAGCAGGCUAGUCAGGUACCAAAGGAACCAAAUGGGUUGCCAAUUUGCGAACUUGAGCAACAGUAAGUAUGGUGGAAACCAGUUAUGGUCUAGUGGCGUGGCUGUGACUCCUCGUAGGGCUGUGGAUCACUGGGUACAAGAGAAGAAUUACUAUAACCACACCGACAACUCUUGUGCACCAGAUCAUCAGUGUGGUGUUUACACACAGGUGGUGUGGAGGAAAUCUUUGGAGUUGGGGUGUGCUCAGGCUACAUGUGUGAAGGAGCAAGCAAGCUUAACUAUUUGUUUUUAUAAUCCUCCUGGGAAUAUUGUAGGGGAAAGCCCGUACUAG